CCACCUCCAGGGUGAACUCUCUGAGUCAGGGCCUGCUGACUCAGAGCCAGCUGGGUAGGACCUUAGAGAUCCUCCCUUAGGUAACCUGUGCCAUGAGCACUCAGCGGCUUCACUUGCUCCAGAGCCAUCUCUGCCCCACAGAGAGCCGAGGCAUGGAGGUGGUGAGCAGCCCACUGACCACACAUGUACUGGACACUACCUCGGGCCUGCCGGCCCGGGGCCUCUGCCUUCGCCUCUUCAGGCUUGAAGACUGUGACCGGCAAUGGACUGAACUGAGGAAAAGUUACACCAACGCUGACGGCCGCUGCCCAGGGCUCUUAACUCCCGAACAAAUGAAGGCCGGCACCUACAAGCUGUUCUUUGACACAGAAGGUUACUGGAAAAAGAUGGGACAAACCAGUUUCUAUCCAUAUGUGGAGGUUGUUUUCACCAUCACAAACGAGGCCCACAAGCUCCACGUGCCCCUGCUGCUGAGUCCAUUCUCCUACACCACCUACAGAGGAAGCUAGACAGCCAAGAACCAGAAAGACAAGUGAGGCAGCCAGGACCGCCCUGCCUCGCUGCCAGCCUGCCAGCUCCGCCCUCCAGCUGCUUUCUGGCCAGCAUCCUAAGUCUCGCUUCCCACCUGGUAGCUCCCCAACAAGCUGCUGUGAUCACGGGGCUGAAGAGAUCAAUAAAUUCUGUGCUGAUCUCUCA